UCUAGGGCGGUGCGGAAGCGCCCUCCCCUCUCGCCUGGAGGUUUCAUUUCACUUCACCAAUAUUUCAAGGCACAGAGGAGUUGGUAAAGGCAUUGCCAUGAAACCUAACUUGAAGCAAUGGAAACAACUAAUGCUGUUUGGGAUAUUUGCAUGGGGCCUCCUUUUCUUGGUGAUCUUCAUCUAUUUUACUGAUGGUAACACUGCAGAACCAGUUCCAAGUUCCUUCUCUUACAUUGAGACAAAGAGACUCUUGCCCAUUCAGGGCAAACAGAGAGUUAUUAUGGGAGCAAUACAUGAUCCAUCAUUCUCUGAAACUAUAGAUGGAAAUGAGGUGCUUCUUAAUGAAGAUCUUUUAGAUUCAUUUAGAUUCAAAUCAGGGCCUGGGAGUGUUAAAAAGUGGGCUGAACUAGAUGAUUUUAAAAAUGAAAAUGAGUUUUUUCCUUCUCAGAUGAGAAGAAAAUCAAAAAGUACUUUCUAUCAAGGGGGUGGUGAUUAUUUAUUUGCUGCUGGUCAGCCUCGUUCACACAGCAACAUCCAGCAGAUCAUGAAAUUCAUCUCCACAAAUGAGGACACUCAAAAGGAAAAUGUUUUACAGAAUAACUGGAGCCAUCAGAAAAGAAGGAAAAGGAACCCAAGAUACAGGAAAAGCCAGGUGUUUGAUGAGUCUGAUGACUGGGAUGGGUUGUAUUCAACAAUGUCAAAAUCUUUCCUUUACAAGCUUUGGAAAGGGGAUGUCUCCUCCAAGAUGUUAAACCCUCGGUUGCAAAAAGCCAUGAAAGAUUACCUGAACACCAACAAGCAUGGGGUACGAUUCAAAGGGAAGCGAAACUCCAGACUGACGGGAGACCAGCUCUUCUGUGAGGUCAAAGAGAGGGUGAAUGUGAAAACAAUAGAUGGCAAGGAAGCCCCUUUUUCAACUCUUGGAUGGGAAAAGCAUGUUCCUCAAAUUCCUCUGGACAAACUGUAUGCACAUGGUUUUGGAAGCUGUGCUGUAGUUAUGUCUGCUGGUGCAAUACUGAACUCUUCUCUAGGAGAUGAAAUAGAUUCGCAUGAUGCAGUUCUGAGAUUUAAUUCGGCUCCUACACAUGGUUAUGAAAAAGAUGUUGGGAAUAAAACAACCGUGCGCAUCAUUAACUCUCAGAUUCUUACCAAUCCAAAUCAUCACUUCAUUGACAGCUCCUUGUAUAAAGAUGUCAUUUUAGUGGCCUGGGAUCCAGCUCCCUACUCUGCAAAUCUGAAUGUGUGGUACAAGAAGCCAGACUACAACCUCUUCACUCCAUAUGUACAGCAUCGCAGGAAGAAUCCAAACCAGCCAUUUUACAUUCUCCAUCCUAAGUUCAUAUGGCAGCUCUGGGAUAUCAUUCAGGAGAACACUAAAGAGAAGAUACAGCCCAACCCACCAUCUUCAGGUUUCAUUGGGAUCCUCAUCAUGAUGUCCAUGUGUGAUGAAGUGCACGUGUAUGAAUACAUUCCUUCAGUCCGACAGACUGACCUUUGUCACUAUCACGAACUGUACUAUGAUGCUGCUUGUACCUUGGGGGCUUAUCAUCCACUACUGUAUGAAAAGUUGCUGGUGCAGAGAAUGAACAAAGGUUUGCAAGACGAUCUGUACCGGAAAGGGAAAGUAGUUCUGCCAGGAUUCAGGUCUGUAAAGUGCCCUGAACAGAACCACUUCCUACACUUGUAGAAGAGAAUCUUUCAGAAACAAUGUGCAAUAGGGUACUACUGUCAUUCUACGAACAAGAAGAGAAUACUUGAAAAUGUAUCUUAGACCAAUCUAGUCUUGGGUCUAUAAACUGUAAUUAAGUAGCAGGCAUGAGAAUUAUUUACUUCCUAAGCCUGAGUAUUUAUUACUGCUUUGCAAAUAGUUAGAGGGGGACAAAAACCUUAGCAUAUGAAAGAUGCAAAGUCACAGUUAGGCAGAGAGAUAAUGUAUUGUUGUGGGUGUGACCUGUCAGAAAAUGUCAGUGGUUUCUAGAUUGCAACUUUGUAAUGCAUUUAUUUAAUAGUUAAAGUUAAUAUUGUGAACCAGCUUGUAUGGUUCAUAAAAAGAGCUGUCAGCUGGAGAGGAGAGAUUCCUCCCAGUUCUAAGGGAUAUUCACUUUAUUUCAAGUAAAAUGAUCAUGGCUUUGAACUGGGCAUUCAGUUGAUAGAACUUGAUUUAAUUUACAGAAUCCCAUUUACAUCCUUCUGGCAUUUUAUGGGACUUUAAAGUAGGUGUUAAUGUGUGGUGUGAUGAGACCCUCGCAAAUGAGAAUGGGACCCAAGAGCUUUCCAUUUUAAUCAAAGAGUUCCUGUAACCAGAAGUUAGUGAUUGAUAUUUACUCAAGUUUAAAUGUAUAUUGCUGUACACUUAGCCAGGCUAUUUAAAUGGGUACCAUACUGCUGCACUUAUCUUUCAUGUCAGGCAGUUAUGCUGACUUGGCAAAGGAUGAAGACAAAAGAAUCUCUUUUUUUCCUUCAGAAAGAGACGUAUUCUGCAUCUACUAGGGAUGAAAUUCACCUGUGCAGACUGCUAGCCGGUGGGCAACGACAAGCCUACCUGGUUCAUGGGCCCUUUUGCACAGGAAUGACUUCUGCCUUGGUAUAUGUGUGUAGAACAUAAAGCCCUGUGAAACUAAGGGCUCCUAUACACGUGCAGGGAGGCUGUAAUUCCAGUGCGUCGGAGCAGAUUUGAUUUAAUCGUCUAAUGAGCUUUAGUUCAAAGUAUCCUGCUGCCAUUUUUCAGCCUGGGGACACUGAUACAUGUGACACUCCAGGCGCUUUUAAUUAGCGUGGCUCUAGGAGCUACACUAUUAAAGCAUCCCCCUGCCUCCCAGGGCAUGUGUAUAAACUCCAUAAGAGAGCUUACCUUAUGUGUAUACACACAGACAUUCUGCUGUUAAUGAAGAUGUCAUUCAGAAAUGUAGAACUGCCUUUUGGAUGAUGAUAAGAAUUUUGAGUGGGGAGAUUUCAGGAUUUACAAGUGGGAUAUUUUGUUGCAAGUCGAGUCCCGUUCACUUAUUGCUUUUGAAAAAGCAGUAAGAGAUUUUUUGAGAGAGAUUUUUUUUUUCAAUCUAAAGUUAUGAAGACCAUAUCAUGCAGAAGAACUGUAACGCCUGCAAAAAAAAAAACUUAUUGUGGCUUGCACAUUCAGACAAUCUGAUAAUUUUCCUUUUUAAAAUUCAGCACAAAUAUUCUCUAAGGCACGUCUAAAAAUCCACCUGAAUGUUAAUGCAUUUCAAACAUAUUUUCCCUGGCAAGACCUCAGUUUUGGACUGAAUACUGUUCUUUGCUUUUGAUUUCUUAGUGACCUAAAUGCAGCGAAAAAUGAUGAUGUACAAGAUAGUGUACAUUUCCUAAUAUUCAGUCAGCAAAAGGUGACUGGCUGCUAGAAACACUAUUAAAAAAUAAUGGGGGGAAGCAUAUUGCAUAUACUUUGGCUUUGGGCCACUUUAAUAGACAGCUGGUAAUGGUAAAAUUUAUAUUAUUAGUCAUUUCAUUUUCUGUAGUGACAUCAGUAUAAAUUUCUGAAUUCCAUAAUACUUUCCACACAAGCCCGACUCCUCCUUGAAGGCAUGCAGUUUCCCAUCCACCAUAAGUACAGAAAGAAUUUAUUGCAGAAACUCAGCCUUCAUUCUUCUCAGCUGACAGAAGGUACAGAUCUCUUCAUAGUGUAAUGCAGGCCCUGCAUGGAGCAGAUUAGUGUGUUUGUAAAUAAUUUUGUCAUAUAUUCAAAAAGCAGUUUUCACUAACUUUAUCCAGAUACUUUACAAAUUGAUUUUUUUUUUUUUAAAUAAUAUCAUAUUUGACAGCACCUUUUAAAACAAAAGAUAAACAACAACCCAUCUGUGUUUCUGGGAAACCUGAAUAUUAAAACAAAAACAAUUUUUAUUUCUCCCUUAUUUUUGAUUCAGCUUCUGAAAAUGUACAGGCCUUUUUAGUCCAGGCAAAUUGGAAUUACAGCUGUUUGGAUUAUCAGAGAGUUUCUCCUUCGCUUAUACUGGGUCCAGAUUACGUUACCUACUGUACAUUUGUAACAAAUGGAGUUGGUGACCUUCUUGUUACAAAUGAGUAAGCUAAAGUCUUAUAUGCAGGAGUUUCUCAGAGUCUGCAAAAUAGCAUGCCAUUCUCUGAUACAUUUUCCCAUGCAAAGCCAAUAUUCUUGCUUCCAUCAGGAACCAAAAUAUGAACCAGGCAGUAUUUAACUAUCUACAAUAAAACUGUGUUGUGUUACACCUAGGUGACAGAUUAUCCCAAGUAUAUCUUAUAUACCACUGAUAUAGUCUGUAAACAAAAAAAAAGAUGCAAGUGCUCCUAUUAUAAAUGAAGCACUACCAGCUUAAAUGCAACCACACAUGUGGGUACAAGUAUUCAAAAAAUGUAUUUGUCUAUUUUCAACCUAGAUCAACACACACCUCUCUUCAUUCUGUAGUAGUGAGCACUCCAGUGCAAAUUUUCUUGUCCAAGUAUAUAUACAUGGCAAGAAAUCUUCACUUUUCCCAGAUAACGCAUAGUUUCUUAAGCUGUGACCUAUGCUUUGUCUUUCAUACACCACUCUAUCAUACCUCAUUUAUUCUUCAGUUCUCCUUCCACAAUUGAACUGUCUGUAUGGAUGGGUGCUACAGUAUCUUUCCAUAACAGGUACUUAAAAAGCUGAGACACCAGCCUCUUCCAAAAAAAAAAAGACCCCAGCAUCAGUUGUUAUGUAUAUGGUCCUAGUCCUCCCAAGGUGGUUCUUCCUGUGAUGUUUCAUUAUUCUGCCCAAGCCAUUUUGAUAAUCAAAAAAGAUUUUUCUCCUUGUAACCCCUAUAUCACACUGAAAUAUUCAAUGCAAGUUCAGCUGAACCCGAUUUACUGACUGAGGGCUUGCUUCCAGCUUGCUGCUGUACGAGAUAUAGGGAGGGAAGCAAAGAGCAAAAUUAUGAGAACUGAAGAAUUACAGACCUCACAUGUCUUCCCUCACUUCAAGAAUGCUCUUCUUUGGUUUCAAUCAUACUUGUUUCAUGGAAGACAUGGGACAUCUUUUUUAACAAUGGUGACCUGUGACGUAUGUUGCAUAUAUAGUGACAAAUAAAGCAUUUUCCCAUCCAAGUCAUAUUUCUUAAAUAUUUCAAGGCAAAAUCUUGUAGCCCAUAACUGCUGCUUGGUGUAAGUGGGAGACCUGCUGGCCAAGACCUGUGCAAACGUUUCUCUGGAGCAUAGUCUGUAUAAAGUAAAUACCCAAGUUAGCCUCAUCCCCCUUGUUAAACUUGUUGCAAAGCCAGAUCUUCUAAGUUUUGGUGCUUUUAUUGCUAUAUAGGGAAAUUGCCUUCAAAAAUUAUAAAAGCCUUGUUCCUGUGCACUGAUGGUGUGUGACUGAGGUGAAAGAGUUGUACUUAAAAACAAACAGCAUGGGUAAAUGUGCCGAAUUUCUUAAUUUGUUUUAUGUAUGCUCUGUUUUCCACUGUGAAUCCUGCAGUUUAUUCAACAUGUGGUGCUCUCUAUCAUUUUAUGCAUUCAGCCUUUAGAUAGUUAAAUCAAGGUAUUCUUCUUUUCAUCUCUGAGAAAAUGCGGAAGUUGGCUCAUUUUGCACCCCAUCUUUUUUGGUGGACAGAUUAUUUUCACUGUCCCAUUCCUUAUACGAUUUCAAGGAUUACCUGUGAGCAGUCAUUCCUUUGGAUUAGACUGCAGUCCUUUGUUUUCUUCCCUAUUGUGCCAGUUUAUACUAUUAUGUUCUGUUAAAGCUGAUGAAGUAACACCUGUAUUACAAAUUUGUAUGUGUUGGUAGAGACAUCAACAUAUAAUUACACUGAACUACACAUUCUUGUCUGGUCUACAUUCUGAGCAAAAAGUUAAACUAAUGAGUACAACCCUCUGGCAUGGAAACUUCCUUUCAGAUGAAUAAUUCCCUUUGGAUUUUCUGCAAGUCCAUUUCUUGCCAAUUGAGCAAGACUGAAAUGGUUUAGUAUUAAAUAAUACUGGGUCUCUGCAUAAAAGAGUUGCACAGAUUUAGCUUAACUGGCUAAAAACAGACUAUUAAAUAGGAGCUCAAGCUGUUUGUAGAUCCGGGCAUACCUAGUUAUUUUUGUUUUAUUCUUCAGUGAUGCUCUCAAACUGAAAUGCUGUGUAGACACCAAUUCACACAUCUGAUAAAAAUGUAUGUUAAAUGCAUGAUCUCUGAAAGUAAAUCACUUUCACUUUCUGCUUCUUCUCUUCACGUGGUCUCCAUUCAUGGACAUGCUAUAUUUGCUUUCUGAAGUGGGUAUUUCUGCAGAGUGUUAAAAUGUCAUUAGAAAACAUAUAGAUAUUUCCCAAGUGUUAUCCUCUCUCCAGUGCAAGUGGAUACCUGAUUUAACUGUUUGGACUUUAAAGUAGCCCAUGUCUGGGCAUGCCUCUCAUAGGUUUAUUUAAUUAAAUGGAUCAUGACACCAUGAAUUUCUUCUCUUUGACUUGGUGAUGAAAUUCACAUUUUUGUUCUUGAAAUAUCAGCUUUGUGAAAGCCUUACGUUUAUCCUUAUCAUCACAUUCUCUAUGAAAUGUAGUCCUUCAACUAUUCAAAUAUAGAAGACUGUACUUUUUUAACAGCUUUGAGAAUUAUUUUGUAUGAUGAUUUUUUUAAAUGAAUGUGUACUCUUCAACAAAUUAAAGCUUGAGAUUUUACAGGAGUCACAUUUUUAAACAGUGUUUGUAUACAUUUUAACACUUUUAUAUUUUCUAUUUUGAUUUUGUAUAUUUUUAUGUAUGC